AUACAAGAAUUUGUUCAUGCAUUUUUUAUGUAGUUUUAGGUUAUAAUUAUUAACCCAAGUACUUGUUUUACGGUCGUAUAUUGCUGUAAUAAAUGACCAAAUAACUAUUUUGCGAUAAUGGAUGUGUUAAAUUCUUGCCUCUGCUGCCUGCAGUCCGCAGGGGACAUGGACCUAACGAUACCGAACACACAUCUCGGUAGAACCGAGAUAUACUCGGUCAUGCUUAAAAACUGUUUCAAUUUGCACUUGACACUCAUCGGUAAUGGUUCAUGUGGGAUCUGCUUGACAUGUGUGGGGCGCCUGCGAGACGCAAGUGACUUCAAGCUACAAGUGCAGUGCUGCCAGGCAGAACUGCAGUCACAGCUACAGGGCGUAAGCCAUGUUAAUAGUGAAAAUGUUGUAAUCAAAACAGAGAAGGUGGAAAAUCAUGACUCAGAGGAUGAGAAUGCGUCACACGAAGAUUUUUUAGUCAAGUCAGAUCGUUCGGAUGGUGUCGAGACGUGUAAUGAGGACGAUCCAUCGUCUCUAUCGGAUCCGUUGGGCGGCGCAGUUGGAGCGGUACCGGAGCCGGCAGCGGCUGUAUCCCGUGACGAGACGCUCAGCCCCUCGAGUCCCGCGAGCGACGUGGCCGACACCGGUGAGGCCCACUCCGGGGACGAAACGUACACCAGUGACACUUCUAAAGAACAAGAAAAACAUAUCGGCCAACAGCGUUAUCCGUGCGAUUUAUGCGAUAAAGACUUCGUGAACAAGUCAGCUUUGAAGCGACAUCAGCGAGUAAUUCACGCAACAGAAAAACUGUACACUUGUGAUAAAUGCAACAGAAAAUUUACUAAACAAAAGUAUUUAAAUAAACAUAAAUGCACUUACACUGGUGAGGAGUUCGGUUGUGAUGUUUGUGGCAAGAAAUUCACGAAGGAAGGUUAUUUAAAUUUACACAAAGUAAGCCACAACGGACAGAAACCAUACAAAUGUGAAAAAUGUAACAGGAGAUUUGCACGCAAAUGUUUUUUGCAACAACAUGAAAAAACUCCAUGUGAAGAAAAUUCAGACACCUGCAAAGUGUGCAACAAACAAUUUAAGACAAAAACGCUUCUCAAUAGACAUAUAUUAAUUCACACUGGGGCAAAACCAUAUGGUUGUAAUGAGUGUAAUAAACAAUUUUCAAGAAAAGAAGAUCUGAUUGCACAUAAAAGAGUGCACACUGGAGACAAAUACAGCUGUGAAGUUUGUGACAAGCAAUUUUUUAUUAAAAAAAACUUGUCAAGACAUAUAAAAAUGACUCAUAGUCAUACUCAUACAGGUCAAAAGUACGAAUGUACAAUAUGUAACAAACAAUUUACUAAUAACCAUUAUAUGAAGUUUCAUCAAAGAAUUCACUCUGGAGAAGACGAGGUGGCUAAAAAACAUGUAAAGAUACCCUACACAUGUAAAGAUUGUAACAAGCAGUUUAUGUCAAAACCGGAUUUAAACAGACAUGCGAGAAUACAUACUGGCGAGAGGCCUUUUGCCUGUGAAGCGUGUCAGAAGAAAUUUAAGCAAAAAAGUCACUUAGUCACACAUAUACAUAUGAAGCAUUCGAAAUGAUAAAAUUAUUUAGACAUACAUGCACAAAUUCACUUUAUGAUCUUAAUAAAACUUUGUCUUUGUUAAUGUCCCAAGAAAUCAAAUCAACACAUAUCGAGUGGAACCGAACGAGGGACUUUUAUGCAAACGGGGAAUUGUUUAGGCUACGUACUUUAUUUUUCACUUAUUAAUCACGUUAAUAUUUCUAAACGUUUUUGAGUUACAGUUUGUUAAACAUUAGUGCAAAAAUAUGUACGUUUCAACCCUAGCAAGAAGAUCCUAUUAAUGAUAUUGCAUGUGUCAAUUUAAAAUGUAUAUAACUUUGUUGGGUUAUCACUCAUAUAAAAAUAUGUCAUUAUAUGAUUUUGUUUUACUUUUUAGUCAGCUUUAAGAUUAUAAUAACUCGAUUAUAGAUCACUUAUAUAACACUGUCCUUUCAGCUCAGUCCCUAGAAAUGUUCCCUGUAUACUAUUUAGGUAUUUUUAAAGUCAAAAACGAUUAUUAACAGCAUAUAAGUAAUAAGUGUAAUAACAUUCCAGUUUUAAAUAACGUCGCGUGGAGCUAUUAAUAUUAUAUUAAGAUUUCGUAA